UUCUGCUGCUCUCUGCUGGACGGUCUGUGGUCCAGAUUGACUCGAUUCAAAUUUGGUUUUAAAUCAAAAUGUGGAUUGGUUUAAUACUAAUACUACUAACACUAAUAUGAAAAAAUAAUAUUUGCUGCAAUACUAUCUAAAUGUCAGCCUGUGCAACAUAAUUGCACAUUGCUGCGGUUGUAUUAAAUAAAUAAGUGCGUGUGUGGAUUUGACAACGCAUAGCCUACUUCUGAGAAAAGUUUACAGAUUAUCAGCAAGACCAAGCAAACAAACCAAAACAGACAGUGCUCAGAAUAAUGGAUUGUGGAAAAUUAUAGAAUAUAUAACGCAUUGAUAAAAUACUUAAGAAAUGUAAAUCUGAUUUAGAAGCCAAUUUAUAAUUCUUAUUUAUUUUAUUUUAAAAUAUAAAAAGCGAGAAGGAGACGAUGGUCAUGUGACUGGUAUGCGGACCAGAACAAAGAUGGAUGCGGAGAAGAUCGACACCGAACUGGUAGCCAAAAAGCACUCUACCUCUGUCGUUUGGCGAUAUUUUGGCUUUAAGGUUACCGACACAGAGCAGAGAGAGGUACUGUGCAACAUCUGCAAAAUUAAAGUUGCUACUUCACGUGGCAACACGACAAAUUUAUAUCAGCAUCUGAAGCAGCACAGAGAAAAAUACGAUGAAUGCAUGACGGAGAAAACCCAGAUUAGCAAAGAGGCGGUUACCCGAACAAAUCAGAAAGUAUUCACGGAUAUGUUUGCGAGUCUUAAGCCAUAUGAUAGGUCUUCGCCUAGAUAUAAAGAAAUCACAGACUCCAUAACGCAUUUCUUGGCGAAGGACAUGAUGCCUAUACACAGUGUUAGUAAAGUGGGGUUUCAGAACAUGAUCCGAACACUAGACAAGAGGUACCAGCUGCCCUCGCGACACUAUUUCUCUCACGUAGCAAUCCCUACCCUUUAUAACUCGCGCCGUGGUGAAGUUCAAAAGGAAAUGGCUAAGGCGACGUUCUUUUCAACCACUACGGAGCUGUGGUCAAGCAGGACGAGUGAACCGUACGUUAACGUGACUGUACACUUUGUCGACGAGGAGUUUGAACUGAAAAGCCGCUGCCUGCAAACAUCGUAUUUUCCCGACGACCGCACCGGAGAGAACAUAGCUUUGGGUUUAAGAGAGGUGCUGGCUGCAUGGGACCUCUGCGAAGCUCGUCAGGUAGCCAUCACAACAGGCAACGACACCAACCUCGUCAAAGCGGUUGAGCUUAAUCAGUGGACUAGAAUCCAGUGUUUUGGGCAUAGACUUCAUUUGGCCAUUGAAAAUACUCUGAAAGAUCACGCCCAGUGCAUUAACAGGGCUACUGGGAUGUGCAGGAAGAUUGUGGGCCACUUCUCCCAUAGUUGGAAGAAAAGAGUGGCCUUGAGGGAAGCACAAAGAGAGCUUAAUCUCCCAGAGCAUGCCAUGGUGACAGACUGCUCAACACGAUGGGGUUCCACUCAGAAAAUGAUAGCAAGAGUCCUGGAGCAGCAAAAUGCAUUGUCCAAGGUUCUCUCCACAGACCGCAAAGUGCAACACUUACUCCUUUCGUGGCAGGACCUGGAGGUCUUGGAAUCUGUAAACAAGGCACUCAGCCCACUCAAGGACUUCACGGAUGCCUUGUCAGGUGAAAGUUAUGUGAGCAUAUCUUGUGUGAAGCCUGCUCUGCAUAUUCUGAACAGCUCCGUGCUGGUGAAAGAAGAAGUGGACACUGACCUGACCAAAUCACUGAAAUCAAAUAUUCUUAGCUACCUCAAUAACAAAUACGAAGACACACAGGACUUGCUAAACUUAACCACUUUCCUAGACCCAAGGUUCCGAUCACAAUACAUCCCCGCAGAAGUGACCGAGACCUUAAAGGAACGAGUCAUCUCUGAACUGAUGGAAAUUCAUCAAAAGCAGACCCAAGUAGUCCCAAGCACUGCAGUAAUGGAGAAUGAUAGUCUGGAUGUGGAAAGUCCACCAGCUGCUAAAGCCAAGAAGAAAACUCUAGCCAGUUUCUUCCAGGAAAACACAUACACAGCACCGAGAGCAUCGUUAUCAAGGACAUUUGACCCCAUGGCACAGUUUAGAGAAGCGGUGGCUGCUGAACUCAACGCUUACAUUUACAUGCCACAUGUAGACCAUGGAGAAGAUCCACUGAAAUGGUGGAGAUUCCACAAAGUGAACUUCCCUAGGCUAUGCAAACUAGCACAGAAAUAUCUGGGCAUACAAGCAAUAAGCUCUGCAUCAGAGAGAGCUUUUAGCUCUAGUGGUAAUGUUGUAUCGAAUCACCGCUCCUGUCUGAAACCAGACAAAGUGGAUAUGCUUGUUUUUUUGUCAAAGAACCUCUGAUGUGAUAAGUGGAACUUUUAGAAAGAAGAUUUGGAAGUACCAGUUGGUCAUAAAAAAAAGAAAAAAAAGAUUGAGAUCGUUUGAGUUUGACCAUUUAAUGUUCAAAAUAAUUUAUACAGAGUAUGUGUUACAUACUGCAUAAACGUUUCUAUUUGUUUAGACAGUGUCUAAAAUGUCUUAUUUUUGUGAAAAUGUAUGUUUGCAUUAAUGAAAAUGUUAUUUAAUUUAGUAAAAAAAUCACAUUUACACAAAUACAUUCAAAACAUGGCACUAAUACAGAAAAUAGAUAAAUCUAAAAUAAAUGCUCAUUUUAAUCACCUAUGCAAUGCAUCUAUUAAAUUAUGAAGAAUAUGUUAGUAUGCACAAUUUGUGAAAACCUGAAGAGUUUUUGUUGACUUAAAAGUGGUUUUAGAAUUUCAUACAAAUGCAUUGCCACUGAAACAGCAUUAUAUUUGAAAUGACACAUCACAGUAAUGCAUGCAUUUUAACCAUUAAAGCCUGUAUUAAAAUACUACAUUUGUUAGGUUCAUAUCUAUCAACCAAUCAAUGAUAAUCCCUAGAACAUCCAAAACCUCACCCAUCACAGAAUGGAGAAAAAAAAAAACCUUGGAGAAACCACGCUCAGUUGGGGUCCAGUUCUCCUCUGGAUAUAUCAACAUAACAUUAAUUUCUGUAAGUUUUGAAUGAAUUGUAUGAUUUAAAUACACUAUCAUUGAUUUCAGUCUGGAUUUAAAUAUUCAAACAAAUAAAUAUAAAAUGUUUUUA